AAAUCCGUGUGACGUAUGAUGUUUACAUGUGAAGUUAUGAGUUUCGGUGCUGAGAUCGAAGAACAAAAUGAUGACAUCAACCAUUGAGGACAAUCUCUCUUCCAUGGAAGAAGAAAGCCCGUUUGGCGACGCUGAUAAGAUUGUGGAAAGUGCAGAAAUACAGACGGAUGAUGAUAGAGCUGCAGAAGAGGCUAGGAAAGAAGAAAUUCGUCGACAAAUGACGAAGCUUGAGGAAGAAAUUUCAAGUCUUCGACAUGCAUUGGAAAGGAAGGAAAAACAGUAUUCAGAUUUGAAGAAAGAGCUUGGUGUGACACGAUGGUCUCAGAUACGUGAAGGCAUUGGAACACAAAUCAACUAUAUACAAAACACCGAAGUUAUGAAGAAAACAUCAGAAACUCUGAAAGGAUGGAAUGAAAGGAUUGUACAGUCAGAAGCGUACAAUAAAACCUGCAAAACAUUAUCAGGUGCUGGUGAAGCAACCUCAAAUGCUUUUAAAAAUGCUGGUGCUGUCACUGCAAAAAAGAUUGGAGAGUUAAGGGAUUCCGAUACUUUCAAAUCUAUUGAAAAUAAAGUCACAACAGCCACCAGUUCAAUCAAGGGAAGAGUUGUUGGACAUAAACCUGAAACUACGGAGCAAGGAGUUCUUCAAAUGAAUCCUAGUCAUGAAAAUGACGACAUGAAAACAUAUUGAAGAUACUUUCAUACAAACACAGAUGGCAAUUCUAAAAUAGAGCACACAUGGUUAAUGUGUUUUCUUAUAGUAUAUGAAAUGAUAGUGAACCAAGCGUAUUUGUAUCAUUAAAUAACCAUAGAAUUUAUGAUUUUAGUUAGUCUUUAUAUUAAAGGUCAGUGACUCAA